CUUUCUGGACGCUGCAUACUGUGACAUAUAAAAGCUGUUAGCUGCUCCCGUAACCAGCAGCAUUCAAAUCUUGCAGGCUUUUUGCUCUCUGGAGCUUGUAAUAAGACACACUGCUCUUACAAGCCUGCUACAACAUAACAAAGAACUUUAAGUUUUUGGAAGAACUGUGUAUUCAGUUUGGCAUUGUGCAGAGCAAGCUCAGUGGCCUCUUCAUUCCUGAAAAUGAUAGCAAUCUCUGCCGCCAGCAGUGCGCUCCUGUUCUCCCUUCUCUAUGAAGCAAGUACUGUUGUCUUACUCAAUUCCACUGACUCAUCUCCGCCAACCAAUAAUUUCGCUGAUAUUGAAGCAACUCUAAACGUACCACUAGAUUCAGCGGAUAUUCCCAAAGCCAGGCGGAAGCGCUACAUUUCGCAGAAUGAUAUGAUCGCCAUUCUUGAUUAUCAUAAUCAAGUUCGGGGCAAGGUAUUUCCACCCGCAGCAAAUAUGGAAUAUAUGGUUUGGGAUGAAAAUCUCGCAAAAUCUGCAGAGGCUUGGGCAGCUACUUGUAUUUGGGAUCAUGGACCUUCUUACUUGUUGAGAUUUUUGGGCCAAAAUCUAUCUGUACGAACUGGAAGAUACCGCUCUGUUCUCCAGUUGGUCAAGCCAUGGUAUGAUGAAGUGAAAGAUUAUGUUUUCCCAUAUCCUCAGGAUUGCAACCCCAGAUGUCCUAUGAGGUGUUUUGGCCCCAUGUGCACACACUAUACACAGAUGGUUUGGGCCACUUCUAAUCGGAUAGGAUGUGCAAUUCAUACUUGCCAGAACAUGAAUGUUUGGGGAUCAGUAUGGCGACGUGCUGUGUACUUGGUAUGCAACUACGCCCCAAAAGGCAAUUGGAUUGGAGAAGCACCAUAUAAAGUGGGAGUACCAUGUUCAUCUUGUCCUCCAACUUAUGGAGGAUCUUGUACUGACAAUCUGUGUUUUCCAGGAGUAACAUCAAACUACCUGUACUGGUUUAAAUAAGCUUACUGUUUCCCCCAGAAAAUAUAAUGGUUUCUGGGAAUCACAGGCAUAUAUAUAUAUUGAAUUUUGCACAUAUUAUACAUAUUUUAUGAUAAUCAUGUUUUCAUGCUAGUAUUCAUUUGUAUAGUGUUUGUCUAGUAUAUUGUUUAGUCAUUGGAUAUAAUCAAAAUCCCUUUCAAUUUUCUGACCUCUUAAGUCUAAAUUAAAAUAUAAUAUAUGUAGUGAUAACAUAGUUCUUUCAUACAAUUCCCAAACUUUGCACUAUAAAGAAGAUAAAUUAUUAUGUUACCAAGUAGUAAAAUACAUGUUCAAUCUAUUAUGUAUGCAUAUGUAUAUGCCCAUAUAUGCACAUGCAUACACACAAACAUAUACUAUAUCAUGUAACACAUAAAUAACAUGAGCAAAACUGAAAAUUAUUUUAAAGUACAUUUGAGGUGGUGUGAUAUGUUCAGCACCAUUUCUAUGCUGCUCACAAAACAAGAUUCAAUGUUAUUAGCAACUGAUAAUUUAAUUAAGUAAUCAUAAAUUUCUCUUUGGAGAUACUUUAUCUCAUUUGAGUCCAUCAAAGUGUGUAGUCAAUUUAACCCUUUUAUUUAGCGUCAUUUUGUUCAGUUUGUAGUCACAUGUUGAGUGCUUACUGCAUACAAGGGACUCUGUUGGCUAUAUUUUGAUAGUGCAAAGAUAAUUAGACAUAGUUUUGGCCCUAAUGAAGCUCACAAAGAUAUUCAGGAAAUAUAACAGCCUAGUAAUUUUUCUGUAAAUCUAAUUUUUAACAAAUUGAUUUUUAUGUGGUUUGAGGAAGCAAACACAAUAACAAGCUAUCCCCAUAGGUGAAAUAAAUCAUCGACUAUGGCAAUAUGUAAACUUUCUCAUUCUCAGGAAAAUUUAGAGUAUUUGGAACAAGAGGGGAAGGGAAAAGUUAACAACUUCCCACAUAUUUCUGGAGCAGAAUAGAUAAGACUUUGGAAAGCUGAAAGCAAGACACUCAAAAACUGAUGAAGUCCAAGAGAAACAACAUUUGGGGGAUAUAUGAUAAAACUCAGAAAUAGGGUAAUUGCACCAAGAGACAGGAGUAGAGUUUUCAAAGUGCAUAUUCUGACAUCAGAGUCUAUCCUGAGGCCCAUUAGCAGAUGGUGGAGAUUGCAUGUGGGAACUGGAAGGCCACUUCUUUCCUGCCUUGCCUGUCAUUACUUACUGAGACUCAGUCUACUUAUCUUUUGGGCUCCUUGAAUACUAUAUUGAGGAUCUUUCAUGCAUACUGUGUGUGCAGACAGAAUUUUGUUACCUUUCUGGAUGUUUUUCUAACUUUAUUUCUGUGUUUCUGUAGAAAGAAAAAGUUCAGUUCGUGAUUAACUUGGAUUAUGAAAAUCACUUAAAUCAUUAUGAAAAUUUCACUUAUGUGAUAUGGAGAGGCAACCUUUCCUCAUUCAUGAAAUUCUUUUCCUAGAGGAAAAUGCCACAUGUUGGUCAAGAAAAAUGAACAUAUCACACUUUAGUUGUCUGUGUGUUGUUCAGUGUGACACUUCCAUAGGAUUACAGAGCAAGUAAACAAGGUUAGGUCUAGAAUGCAAGUAAUAAAAGGAAGCUACUAGUUUAAAUUCUGAACACAUUUGCAAUUUCUUAGGGUGGAUACAUUGAAAGAUGACAGAUUACUAAUUAGAUCCAUUCAAUGGGAAAGGAACCCAACAUCUGGAAAUUGGGUCUAUUUGAUGACUAACAACUGGCCCAAUUAUGUUUAUAAAUUGAAUAUGUUGGCCAAAUGUUUUGCAGUCAUACUACCCUGCCUCUGUGGGCACACAUCUGGAUGCUAUUAAAAAGAAAUAUUUUGAGUAAUAAAAUGAAGUAAUUCUAUGAUUUAGGCCCCAAUUCAAUUUCACAUAAGACAUCUAGGCAAUUAGAGGGCAACUCUAUGAGUGGGGCAUUUGCCUGAUAAAUCUAGGAAACAUGUCCAUCUUUAAUAUUGAUAUAGUAGUCUAGGAAGACUUCAACAAGUAGUAAUAAACAACUUGAACUUCAUAUUCAAAUUCUCUUUCCAGCUUACUUGUGUGGCUUUAUUUCUUAGUUUUAUUAAAAAAAUGGUGACAUUUGCCACAAUUUCAGAGGCUCCUAUGAAGGUAAAUUUAGCACAUCAGUAAAAUUUCUGAAAAUUAAAAUUUCUAUUAAUAGAGCUCCUUUUGGGCACAAACUUUGUCUAAUGCUUUGUAUUUAUCCUAGCUUUUUAUAUAAUGGCUGUAAUGUAAUAUAUGUUUAUUUGGACUUUUAGAGUUAGCUAAAAAGUCUAAAUUGCAACAAUUUAGAGUAAUUUCACCUUUGAUUCUUUUUUUAACACAAAAAUUCUUAAAUAUAAAGCUUUGAAUGUGACAAAAAUCCAAAUAAGUUGUCAAACAAGUCUGAUCAAGACUUGUAUCUAACACACUUACAAAUUAUGCUUGCAUAGCAGUUCUUUCUAAAAUACAAGCAGAACAAUAAGCUUAUUUAUAAUUUAACAACUAAACUGAAACAUAAUGGGUAUUUUUGUGAUUCUUUACUUUUUAAAGUUACUAAUAUAAAAAGGCCAUGUGAAGUAUUUUAUUUUCUAGGUUCAAGUAAAUGAAAGUUUGCUAGUAUCAACACAGUCUUUCAUAUUUUCAUAGCAUGCAACAGUGGUGCUAGGAUAACUAUUUUGCACUGUAAUUCUCAGAGGCAGAAAGGGUCUGGGUAUAAGCUAUUUCAUAAAAGCUGCUUUAAAGAGUCAGUAUUGAGGUUUUCACUUGGAAAUGUUUCAUUUUAAAGAAACAGUAAUUGGCAUAUAUGUUCUACAGGGUUGAUUUUUCUUUCUAACCAUUCUUUAUUCAAUGGAAAAGUCAGAAUAUUAUGUUCCAGUAUAAGUUCUUGGCCUCUGUAUCAAAGAAAGAAUGAAAAAAAUACCAUUUUAGCUCUUAUGCAAUGGAUUUCUUUAUAAAAUUGUCUGCAAGUUUUGUAGGCAUAGUCUUAAUAUUUCUGGUUAUGACAAAUAAGUGUACUUGGAAAAUAUGGAAUAAAUAACGGUUACCACUGUUUAGGAUUUUCCUCAGUAGUGUAAACGGCCUGUCUUCUGGCCCUUCAAAGCUUCUUUAUCAACCUCAUUUGGUGGUGCUGAUAUCUUCCAUCUGAAACUCCUGAAAACAUUCACUUGAAAGUUUGUAGCUAUAGGACAGAGCUGACCCACAAAGCAGGUCACGUGAACUAAGAUAGUUUUCUCAGAAAAUUUGAAUUGAAAUAAUACAUAUUUCCCUAUACCUACAAACUUGUGUUAAGUCAACUUACAGCACCUCUGUAAGUUAACCUAAUGCAUUUAUGCCAGUUUGAAUGUUUUAGGGUCAUGCCCUGUCUAUUAAGUAAGUGCAGUAUCCAAACUGAUAUACUGAAUGUUUCUAUGAAGGAAUUAUAAUUCUAAGAUUUUGGUCUUCAUUUUUUACCAGUAUAACAACAUACUUAGGUUCUUCAAUAACACAGGAGCCAAAUCUUGACACAGAUGGAAGCCUUUACCUACUCAAGUAUUUAGGGAGGAUAAAAUUACCUAUUAAUAUUUAACAUUGUCUUUGGUAUUAUAAUAUUUUGUAUUGUCAUAUGUGUGGAUGAAAGCAUUUAAAUACAUAAAAUGAUUUUUAAAAGUAUGUCAUGUUCUAAUUUUGACUUACUAAUGUCAAUCAAAAACUUAGAAUCUGUAACAAUUCACUAUGGUCAAUGGUGCUAAAAAUACAUUACAAUCACCAUAGUCUCAAGCCAAUUUUAGGGUUUUUUUUUUCUGCAGUUAAAGUUAAUUAAGUGUGAGCUAUCAAUACCUAUUCUGGUGCUAAACAUGUGGUGCUAAGUAAAUUGUUAGUGUUAAUGACUUUAGUAAUAUUCCUUUAUUCAUUCAAUUCUUAAUUCAGAAAUAUUAAUAAAAACCUGUGUUAAAUCUUCACAAAACAGGCUAGUUAAAUGUUUUAUUUAAUAAUUAACAUUACUUAAGUGCUGAAGAAUGCAGUUAUACUUCUUUAGCAUCACCACUUUUCUUCUUUAAAGCAUUAUUUAGCUGGGCAAUUUCCAAACUCAAGAAGAGUCCACUUGUUAUUAACCAUACUGCAGGCCCUAGCGCCCUCUGCUGGUUGUAGAUACAAAUUAUUGGUGGCUUCUUAGCCAAAGCAAAAGUCAUUUGCUUUCUGUAAAAUUUUGAGUUGCACAGUAUUCUCAUUCUUGACUAUGUCCUAAUCGUACAGCAUUUAAAAGUGCUUGAUUCCAGUGAUGUCCUUUACUAAUAGGGUAAAAGUGAGUUAAUGUGUCUUGGCAUCCACUUUCCCAAAUAAUAUUAUUUGUGUAUGAUUUUCCAGUUCGAAGGGUACUUACUAAAGUAUUUUUUGCUUUUUCUUUUUUGAAACAGGCAUUGAUAAAACUUAUUUUUAUUUGGUUUAUGUCUGUAGUCAGUACAACUAUAAUUAGUAAAAGGAAUUAUAGUUGUGUCUCAUUUUCAGGAUAAUUAUUUUUUAACAUAGUAUAUGAGGUUAAAAGGAAAUAAACUAAAUAACUGGUACAUGUAUAAAAGACUGGUAUCUCCAUCUUUAUCUGUUGAUGUAUAAUUCAGUAGUGUUAUUUGGUUAUACUUUUGAACAAAUAAUAAAAUUUUAAUGUUUCAUUCAAAGUCUUUCUAUCUUAUAUUUUUCCCUACUGAUAAGAAUUGUGUCUCCAAUAACUGGUAAAGACAAUGAAUAUUCUCAGGUAGAUUUCCAGUUAAGCUAUGUAAUGAUUAGGUAUUGUAAAUCAUCCGGUUUUAACAUAUUUCUUAAACUAUGUUAGCAUUACCAAAUAAAAUGUACUUUGAAGUUGUUUACUAAAUAUUUUCAGAAGAAUCUUUUCUAUGCUCUAAAUUUUAUGGAAAAUCCCAAAGUACAGUCCCCCAAAAUGGAUCUACUCUGUCCCCACAUUUUCCUAAGUUCCAGGGAACAUUUUUGUCUGAGCCCUAGUAUUUCACUGAACAGAAAACAUCAAUUUAAAUUUUCCAGUCUUUCCUACUGUUUCUUAAACAAUCUGCUAAUAAUAAAAAAAAGAAAACUAAACCUCAAGACAUUUGAGGCCUAGAUUACUUCAGUGGUUCUUUUAAAUACUCAGUUCACUGUCCAUGUUUUUGUAGUCCAUUAGUUUGGAGGAGAAUCAAAUGAUGGGCUAAAUUGGUGCUUGGCUACAUAUUGCAGCAUCUUGUGUUUUGUUAUUUGAUUAGCAGAAUUUUGGUACCCUACUAUCAAUUAGAGAUUAUUGCAAUGCGUAUAUGAAAACAGUGUAUUUGAAAAGCACGUAACACAUUUCAAUUAUUUGUAUAACCUUAAAAUGUAUCAUUUUGGGUUUUUUUUUAAAGAUGAAUUUGUUACGUUUGGUUCAGUAUCUAAUGCUGUGAUGGUGCCUUUGGUGUCGUGAUUUAAUGUCAUAAACGUGUACAGAUCAAAUACCUGUGUAAACCUCUGUCCUGGUGAAUCAUAACAAAGUAGCAUUUUGAGUCCACCAUAUUAUUUUUUAUUUUAAGAAAAUAUUAUGAUGAAUUA